AAAAACUGUAAUGAACACCGCUUAUCAUCCACCAUCAGUAAAGGCAGUGUUUCUCGUCAAGUUCGACACAUCCGUGGGCUAUGAAAUAGUAUGGUCCAAGACCGUCUGGAACAUCAACUUGUCGGGAAUUGAAUACAAAUGCAUGCCUUCGGGAGUCCAUGAGUUUGACCAGGACUUGACCUUGUUCUCCCAUAAAGCAGACAAGAUGUACUACGGUAUCAGUAAGUUCAGACAGUUGAACAGAAAUGCUGGUAGUGACAAUGACAGGGCCAACAUAAGCAUGUACAGUUUGGGAUGUCUCUGUGAAGCUGAAUCUACCGAGUGGAUGCCUAAUACAUUUGUUAGCAACGGAUUCGAGUACAUCAACUACUUGGAUGAAUGCUUAUUGACGUUUUUGACCGACGAAGAAAACACCUCCGUUUUGGACGCCAUCGACUUCGAUACGAUUCCCGUAAACAAGUUCACCCACCCAAUCAACAGCCUACCCGACUUUUUCACCAAGUUUGGACCUUUGGUGUUCAAGAUCUACAAAUUGAGUCUCUUGAGAAAGCGUAUAAUCAUCUUUAACCAGUCCAAAAAAGACAAUUACUUGAUUCAGGUGUUCAACUAUAUCAUCUCAGUGUUGUCAGUGAUCCCACUGCAGUUAAAGUUUGACUUUAACCGCUCGCAAAAGGACUUUCUCCAGCCUCUCUACAACAUCUGCCUUCACGACUUGGAAAACAAUGACCUCCAAUUGGAUUCGUUUGUGGCCACCACCAAUGACGAUAUUUUAAUGUACCAACCCAUCUAUGACUACGCCAUUGUGUUGAAUGAUGGCUUGAAAUGCCCUGAAAUUUUGAGCUUCCAGGACGUGACCCAAGCCAAAAAGGAUAUCUUGAAGUGCACUUUUAACGAUUACUCCAAGUUCAAGAUCAUCUACAAACACCUACUUAACGGUGAUGCGGACCCACUUCCCACCAACAAGUCGAGUGAUAAUCUCUCUAUCAACACCUCCGCAUCGGUACUUUCAAGCUUUAAGUUCUUGGGCUACGGUUCAUCAUCUGAACCCAAUAUGUCCUAUGAGCCGAAUUGGUGGCUCAAGGAUUCCACCUACCCGUUGUCGUGGACUCAGUAUAUCUGGUCAGCCUUCUCUUGGUUUGCAUCUGCAGGCUUCAACAAUCAGCACAUUGAGGCCAAUCCAGAACAAGCUUCCAACCUGCGACCAGUAGAUACAGUGGAAAUGGUGGAAAUUGUGGGCUACUUUCACAAGUUGACCAAGAAAUGGCUUUACCUCAUCCAAGAUAUUAUUGUUGAUGAGAUGCACAACGGCAAUGUGGUGUUGACAUAUCAGGAUUUGGUGAACCUCGAAUUGGAUCCAUACUCCAAACAUGAUGUUGCAUUCAUCUCAGACUUUGUCAAGCUCUACUGGGAUGUCGACUCGGUGGAAGUGUCUUCCGGCUUAAACUUUUUCUGCUGACUCGAAUUACUGCAAAACUUGUUUUCCGGGCUCGGGCAAAAACCAUCCUAGCCUAUGGACUAUAAAUCUGCUAGCUUACGAAACCUCUCAAUAAAAAUACGUUAUGGAACUAU